AUGGACGAGGACGGAUUGCCGCUGGUGUACGAUAAAGCACAGAUUCAAAAGUACUGGGAUAAGCAAGGCGGGGCGUUGCAACGACGAUGGGGGGAGUUUUUAAGCCUGAGCGUGCCGUUUUUGACGAAAGUGGCGACGCUCGCCAUCACGGGCGGAAGCGCCGAGUUGAGCAAAAACGACAGAGCGUUGGCGAAGGAUGCGAGGAUAAUCAUCGAAAAGCUUGGACCGACGUACAUCAAGGCGGGGCAGAUGAUGAGCGUGAGACCGGACGUGUUGCCGCAGGCGGCGCUGGACGAGUUGGCGGUGUUGCAAGAUUCGGUCAAGGCGUUCGAGACGUCGGUCGCCAUCGAUACCAUAGAGAGUGAGCUCGGCGGGCCUUUGGCUGAAUUCUUCGAUGAAAUUAGCGAAACACCCGUCGCGGCGGCGUCGCUGGCGCAAGUGUAUCGCGCGAAACUGAAGGGCAAGGAUGAGUACGUCGCUGUCAAAGUGCAACGGCCUAAGAUUUUGGACACCGUGUCGAAGGACUUGUACGUGUUGCGUCGCGCGGCGGAGGUGUAUCAAGGCUUGAUUGAGCGUUUCGCGCCGCAACAGCGCACGGAUUACGUCGGUUUAUUGAACGAAUGGGCGGUCGGCUUUUACACCGAGCUUGAUUUCUUGAACGAAGCUGCGAAUCAGCAAAAGCUGCGCGACCUGUUGAUGCAAGAGGAAGUCAAGGACAUUUACGUGCCAGAGGUGAAACACGAGCUUUGCACGCGUCGUAUCCUCGUAACUGAAUGGAUGGACGGCGUCAAACUGAGCGAUUGCCCGCCAGAAGAGAUUCGCGAGUUGGUCGGCAUCGGUCAAGAGUGUUUCCUCGUGCAGCUUUUGCAAGUUGGCUUCUUUCACAGCGAUCCGCACCCUGGAAAUUUGAUGAAGCUCAACGAUCCGUCCAAGGGCAAGCUGGCGCUUUUGGAUUUUGGACUCGUGGCUUCUAUUCAACAAGAAGACAUGGACACCAUGGUGAGCUCGAUCAUUCACUUGGCGAACAAGGAUUACCCAAGUCUGGUCGACGACUUCAUCAAUCUUAAAAUUUUACCGACGGACUGCGACCGGGCCAAGGUCGUGCCGUUGAUGGAUAAAGCGCUGUCACCGUACGUCAAGGGUGGUGGUGCGAAAAAUUCCACCGCCGGGGGAUUUCAAGCGAUGACGCAGGAUUUGUUGACGGUGUUGAACGACAUCCCGUUCUCGAUUCCGCCGUAUUUCGCACUCCUCGGACGCGCUGUCGUGACGCUCGAGGGCAUCGCGCUUCUGGGCAACCCGGAUUAUAGGCUCGUGAUGGAGGCGUACCCAUUCGUCGCUCGAAAGUUGCUUCGCGAAGACCGUCCGGAGGCGCAGCGGGCGUUGCAGGAGGUGUUGUAUGCCUCGACG